ACAACCCGGGUGACAACAGACGGGCCGGUGGGGGUGUUUCAUGCCUGCUUUUCUUCACGUCUGUGUGUUAAAGUGCCGACUUCCAUCCGCAUGUUGAAACGUUUGCGUGCAUUUCCGUGGCUCGUCGUGACCACGACGACCACCACGCCACGGCGGUGUCGGACCGCCGCCGUCGAGUCCACUUCGCAUUUUGAGCGACGCCCCCAAAUUCCGUGCCGAGUGUUUGCAGACCCUCCGGGACGGAGAGGUGGAGGAGGAAUCGGCAGCUCGGCCGUCUGUGUACGCUACGACCAGCACCAACGCCAUUAGUUCAUGACUUCAUCGAAGCUUUUUUAUUUUGACAGCGGCUUUCGAACGAGCGUUUUAGAAGGACUCCACGGCUGCUGCAGAGAAUGGGAAUAAGGACACAGGCCAAGGCUUGCCAUUUUGGCUGAAGGAACAGGACAGUUGUCAACUCUGCGCGCCGGCGUCUAUCCCUCUCUCCCUCACCUCACCUCCCCUCUCCUCACCCCCCCCACCCCCUCCGGCGCACACACAAGGACACAAACCGACGCCCACAUUCACGGCUAUGUCCACAGCGGUAGACAUUGCUGGCCCUUCCUCGCCAGAUCAAGCCAACAGCAGUGCUAAAAUCCCCAACGAGCCUCUGAGACCCAGCCUCAAGCGCUCCAGCCACCCUUACGGCCUGUCCCAUUACAUCGCCAGCCCUUCCCAAGGCAUGGACGUCAAAGGCCUGAUCCAACCCUCCCCGGCCCAGCAGCAGGCAACCCCACCCGGCCCCACUAAACCUCGCCGGGCCCCCUCCUGGCCCGACAUGUGGGAGUCGCCCAGCGGGCUACACCUGGCCCAUGCCGCAGAGCUGCUGAUGCGCGCCGGGCUGCUGGCACUGACCCCCACCGCCACGGAGCAGGCCAGCUCGGGUGCGCAGAGCAGCCAGCCGGCUAAAAGGGACGCGGCGGAGGUGAAGGGAGGCAAGGGGGAUGGCGAGGGAGGAGGAUCCGGGCCUGAUGAGGAGGAAGAGGACUCUCCCGGAUGCCGGACAGACAUCCAGCCCUACCUGGGUGCCUGGUUCCCUUUCAGCCCCACUCUCUUGCCUCUCGCUGGGUUCCAGAUGGGGGGAGGCCACUGGAGGAGCACGGCAAUGGGGGCCGAGGGCAUUGAGGGCCUGGUGGCCGAGGGUCACUCUCCCGGCUCUCUGGGCGGCGGCGGCGGCGGCGGCGGCGGCAGCAGGAGGAAGAGGAAGCGGUGCGGAGAGUGCGUCCCGUGUCGGCGUCAGACGAACUGCGAACAGUGCAGCAGCUGCCGCAAUCGUAAGAGGGGACACCAGAUCUGUAAAUACAGGAAGUGCGAGGAGCUGAAGAGGAAGCCGGGAGGUCCUGGGUUUGAGGGCAGAGUGUCCGCAUUUGACCUCAGAGGUUCCGACUUUUCUUUGGGCCUGGCGCAGGAGAGAAGCAGCGGAGCCUUGGAUGGAUAGUAACGUUUGUUGCAUUUGUCACAGGAUCCUGCUUGGAUGAUUGUUGAGGAGCUGAAGUGCAAAACAAGCAUACGCACACACACACACACACACACACGCACACACACACAAACAGUAGACACACACUGGACACCAUGGUGGUUCAAAGACGUGGACAUGAUGUUUAGUGCAGAGCUGCACCUCUUCAAGAAUGUUCUCACUCGUUCCCAUCCUUUCUUUUGACAAUCAGUGACUUGGAGAGGAGAGGAGAGAGAGAGAGAGAGAGAGAGUGAUAGAGAGAGAGUGAAAAGACACCAAUGUGUCACUGUAUCGCCGAUGACAAAAAAAAAGCUGUAAAUAGACUGUAAAUAUCGGGGGGGGGAAAAACAUUAUGUCUUUUUUACAUCCCUUCCCAGUUUGGAUGUAUUGUGUUGCAGCCGUUUAAAAAGAAUGACGAAGGAAAAAAAAGAGCCAAAUGUUUUGUUUCCAACAGGGACUCUCAAUUCUGUUGUUACCGCAUCAUCAGUAAAGCGAGUCGUCUAAAUUAUUUCAUGUGCAACUUGUACUGUAUAGAUCUGUUUGCCCUUUUGAAAUAAAAGAAAUUGGCCAUG